CGUUAUCCAAUGAGAGAGGUGGAGAGUGGAGUUCCGGUCGUCCGCUCUGCGCCGAAGCUGAGCUCCGCUUCUCAUCAGCGCCAGUUGUGGGCUUGCGGGUUGACAUUACAUGGUGUCAUAAGUGGGAUCUGAAGGUGCCAACCGUCAAGAAACAACAGCCUCUGGAUUCAGGUGAAGUUUCCGCACUUGAGUCCUUUGUGCUCUUUGCUUCUGUGAGUUGCUGUAACUUUCAGUUUGAUUUUUACUACCCUUGGAUGCACACCUGCUAUGGAGAAGAUUGAAGAACAGUUUGCUAAUUUGAACAUUGUUAAACGUUCCUCAGAAACUAAAGAACCUACGUAUUUGCUUGGCAUAGACACCUCAAAGACUAUACAAGCUGAAAAAGGAAGCUUGGUUGCUGUUUUAUGUUCUAAUGGAUCAAUCAGAAUAUAUGAUAAAGAAAGGUUAAAUGUACUACGAGAAUUUAGAGGCUACCCUGGACUUAGUGGAGUCAAAUUUGCACAUUUCUGCGACAGUGUGUAUUCAUCAUGUACUGAUGGCACUGUAAAAUGUUGGGAUGCACGACUAGCCAGUGGAAAACCUGUCCAGCUGUUCAAGGGUUACCCUUCUAAUAUUUUUAUCAGUUUUGAUAUCAACUGUAAUGAUCAUGUUAUUUGUGCUGGUACAGAAAAAGUUGAUGAUGAUGCAUUGUUGGUAUUUUGGGAUGCAAGAAUUAAUUCUCAGGACUUGUCUGCUACUAAAGACCCACUUGGUGCAUAUUCAGAGACGCACAGUGAUGAUAUCACUCAAGUAUGUUUCCAUCCCAGCAAUCCCAACAUGUUAGUUUCAGGUUCAACUGAUGGCCUGGUAAAUGUAUUUGAUAUUAGUGUUGAUAAUGAAGAAGAUGCACUGGUUACAACCUGUAACUCAGUUUCAUCAGUAAGCUCUAUUGGUUGGUCUGGGAAAGAUUAUAAACAGAUUUACUGCAUAACACAUGAUGAAGGAUUUUGUUGGUGGGAUCUUAAUCAUCUGGAUACUGAUGAACCAAUUACACGUUUGAACAUCCAGGAUGUCAGAGAAGUAAUUGAUGUGAAAGAAGGUAUUUUGGACUAUUUGAUUGGUGGCCUGUAUCAUGAAAAGACAGACAAAUUAUUUGUUGUUGGAGGAACAUACACAGGAAUUAUUCACGUAAUGAGCUGUACUACAUCAGGAUUGGUCCAUGUGACCAGCCUUCAGGGAGGGCAUGCUGCUACAGUCCGUUCUUUCUGUUGGAACAUGCAGGAUGAUUCUCUGCUAAGUGGAGGAGAAGAUGCACAGUUGUUACUUUGGAAACCUGGAGCAACAGAGAAGACAUUUACAAAGAAAGACAGCAUGAAAAUAGCAUCCUCUGUGUACCAGCGAGUUCGAGUUCACAGUAAUGAUUCUUACAAGAGAAGGAAAAAGCCGUGAUGUUACAUUGGGAGUUUACUUGGUUCAAGUUCGCAAGAUGACUGCAAUUAGCCAAUGAUCACAUCUAUACUUAACAGUGUUUAAUGGAAAACAGGCUGUUUCGUUGCUUCCGGUUCUUUUUAUUAAGGACUCAUCACACUUUCUGAGAAGGCUUGCAGCAAGUAUCAUUGGCUGAAAUGUAAUUAUGUGCCCAAGCCAAAAAUAGUCACUAGCAAGAGGAACACAGUCACCACCAAGUGGCCGUCAUGAUUCACUGCCCAUGGGGCUGGAGGUAAUGUGCUUCUUUGAAGCAAUGGAUUCAGAGAAGGGUACAGAAAAGUAGGUUGGGGUUGAUGAAUAGUUGUUCUUCUGCAGAUACUAACUACUUCUAUUAUGUGUACUUGUCACUUCAAAAUAGUUUUCAUUUUAACAUUGAAUCAAAUAAAUAAAUGUAAGAUAUUUGUGAGACAGUGAUUAACUUGCCCUGUUUAAUCAAUGUGCAUUAAAAGUAGACUAUUCUAUCUCUAUAGGACUAUUGUUUAGAGAAGAAGUAGGCAUUAAAAAAAAUUAAAAGGAUAAGCUGAAAAA